GUUCACUGCGCACCGGUUAUCUUGGGCAAACGCCAUGUUAAAGAUAGUGGUCAUAAACGAAGGCUAAUAAAAUCCGAGAGUAAAUUAGGUAAGACAACUCCAUUCUGUUUAUUUUAUUAAAUUUCAGCAUAUAAAAUUAUCCUUUUUUAUCCAGCUUCAUUCCACAGUCCUUAUUACAAAAUCUUAUUUUCCACCAUCUGUCUUUCUCUUGUUGGUCUCUGCUAUCCUCUGUUCCAAAAUGUCUUCAUUGCAUAAUGUCUCUAACCGGCUCUACUUGAUCUCACUGACCUGUAGUGGUUCAUAUCAUCAAUGUCUAUCACACCACAUCUUCUUCUGAUCUCUUCAUUCCAUAAUGUCAGUGACGAGCUCUCCUUUAUCUCUUCUUAUUGCAUGUCCACACCAACUCAGCCUAUCUUCCCUCGCCUUCUCUGCAAUGUCUAUCAUCCCAUGUGGGAUGAUAGACAUUGCUGAUCUCUUCAUCACAUAAAGUCACUGACCAGCUCUCUUUCAUCUCUUCUUAUCACAUUUCCAUACCAUCUCAGCCUUGCUUCCCUCACUUUCUCUGCAAUGUCUACCACCCCACAUCUUCUUCUGAUCUCUUCAUUCCAUAAUGUUCCUGAUGUGCUUUCCUUAAUCUCUUCUUAUUACAUGUCCAUACCAUCUCAACCUUGCUUCCCUCACAUUCUCUGCAAUGUCUACCACCUCCCAUCAUCUUCUGAUUUCUUCAUUCCAUAAUGUCUCUGAUGACUGGCCCUGCUUCAUCUCUUCUUUUUACAUGUCCAUACCAUCUCUCAACCUUGCUUCCUUCACCUUCUCUGUAAUAUCUACCAGCCCACAUCUCCUGAUCUCUUCAUUCCAUGUCUCUGAGAAGCUCCCCUCAUCUCUUCUACUUCAUAUAAGGUUGACAACCAUUGUUUCGUCGAAUGAAAGAUGGCUAAAUUAAUCCAUUAUUAUGAACAUGACUAUCUUCUCCAUAAUUUCAGAAAAUGCUGAGAAAAAAUCAGAUUUAACUAAAAAGACAUCAGUGAGCAUCAAUGGACAAUUUUUACCGAUGGCUCAACUUUCUGCGUCGGACAAAAAUAUUCACGUGACAGUUCAGAAAGCCAAUCCUCCUGGUCAGCAGCUUCAGCCAACCAUACAGGAAGUUUCGCUCCAGGGACAAAAUACCGGUAAUCAGAAUGUCGGUAAUGGUGCUGUUCAAAUUCCUGUGGUUCAAACGUCCGGGCCACAAGUUGGUCUUCACCCGGGAAUCCAGACAUCCAAUAAUCUUGGCACUGGGGGAGUGCAGAACACGAAUACAAUAGGUAAAAAUUAGUAAUUACGGCUAUUAAGCCUUGGUCAACAGUUGAGAAGCGACAGUUUGCAUGAGAGUUUUCUCAAAAAGAAAAAAAAAAUUCUUUUUUGUUGUUUUGGUACAGGUAUAUAUGUUUUUAUGCUAGGUAAAUCUGGUAAAAAACAAUACAGAGCUCUCGUGCGCAAUUUUUGACAAGAUUUCUUUUCGUCUCUAGGCAUGUCACCGGGGAUUAUCACCAACGGAAAUCAAGUCGUUGGAAUGUCACCGGGGAUUACUAACAACGGAAAUCAAGCCGUUGGAAUGUCACCGGGGAUUACUAACAACGGAAAUCAAGCCGUUGGAAUGUCACCGGGGAUUACUACAAACGGAAAUCAAGUCCUUGGAAUGUCACCGGGGAUUACUACAAACGGAAAUCAAGUCCUCGGAAUGUCACCGGGGAUUACCACCACCGGAAAUCAAGUAGUUGGAAUGUCACCGGGAAUACAAGGGAACAACGUUCCACCUCACGGCGAAUUACGCCUCUGCGGAACAAAUAACUUGAUACAAGGGCAGAACAACCCGAACGCAGCGGGGCAGAACAUCAACACACAAUCCAAUCGAGACCAAGUGCUUUUGGUGAAAAAUCCCGACGGACAACUUUCAUACAAGCCGGUAGCUUGCUAGAUAAAAGUAUUUUUGUAAACACUAAAAUCUAAUGCCAGUAAAACACUCUCACUUAAAGAGUCAUUGUCAACCACAAUGCAUUGUGCGCCCAAACCUGCUUGGCGGCCAUUUUAAUGGCGGAAUAAUAGAUGUUUCGGUUUUCAAUCCAUAAUAUAUUACUACCAUCCUAUGGUUAUAUUUGCUUAUUUUAACUUUUUUAUACUAAAAUUGCACCAAAGAAAUGUUUAUAAUCGUCAUUUGUUGCUAUUUGUCACUUCCGAAGGUAAGACGUAAACGAAUGCAUUGUGGUUGUGACUCUUUAAGCCUUAUCAAAGUUUCUGUGAUCAGAGUAGGAAUUUUGCAUCGGUAAGUUUGAAGUAAUGUUUCAAAUCCGACUAUGAGGACUGGACUAGAUUUCAAGUUCGCGCAAUUUGAUCACGUCCAAGGUGAAGCCGAGGACUGGAUCAAAAUGCGUAGACUUGAAAUCUAGUCCAGUCCGAAUUGGAGGAUUUGAAAUGACAUCUCAUAUGAAUAAGUCACCACUGAAAGUGAGGUGAAUCAAUUUUGAUCCGCCAGUCCAAGGACUGAAUUAAUUUUGAUCCAGUCCUAGGACUGGAUCAAUAUACUUCACCAGGAAUCCGGUAUUAUCAUGUGAGCAAAAUAAAGCAAUAUAAUUUACUCAUGAAUUAUUAAUGAGUUUGGGAUGGAUUUGUAAGAAAUGUUUGAGGAAACUGACCUGCCAUUAAAUACUGAGUCAGUUUCCUGAAAGAUUUCUUACAAAUCCUACAAAACUUAGAACUUCCUUUUCCAAUAUUCCUACUGUGAUCAGUGUAUAACAAUAUCCUAGUGUGAACCAGCCUUUAAAGCCUGGUUCACACAAGCUAUUUUGUCGGCGAUUUUGUGUUUCUGACAGAUGCAAAUGAGUGAACUCGCACACAAAAGUAUAGAGUCGCUUUUCAGAAGUCAACAAUUCCAAGUCUUUUGCAUGUCAUUCAUUCCAUCACAUUUGCCAGGAGAAAACUCGUCGACAGAAUUGCUAGCGUGAACCAGGCUCAAAGGUACGUUUACACGCUGCGAUUUGUCGUGUAUACGAUUCGUAUUCUGGCGUGUGAAAAUCACUGAUGAUGCCACAAUUCCUCUUCGUUUAGUUUACAGCGAAAUUUGAAAUGCAGCUACUUUAUGCGCGCUUACUCCAAAACAUACGCCAGAAUACGAUUACAAUUAAUAUUUCUAUAGUGCAAAUUUACAUGUUGCUAUAUGAUCAAGUCCGCUUACCUAAUUACUUACAUAGCCUAGACUAUUUUAUCUCUACAACAAUUGUGAUAUUAUUUCUGAAAUUCAUUAAUAAUUCAUGAGUAAUUAAACCAAUAGCAUGUAAGCAUUAGCCAUUCCGAAGUUGAUGAGUGGACUGGGGACGAGUGUUAAAAUUGCCCAAAUUAAGAAAUGAACCAAAUCACUAAAAAGACCACCUCAAAAUUAGUAAGUAUACAAAGUUUGAAGACGUUUACAUGAAUAUCCUUCGAAUAAUAAGCUUUUGAAAAUCGCGAUAUUUACUAUGAAAUGUAUUGUAAUUUUUGUUUUUGGGACGCGCGUCCCAAAAACAAUCUUUUAAUCAGUAAUUUCAAAAUUUUCGAAAGCUUAUUAUUCAAAGGAUAUUCAUGUAAACGUCUUCAAAC